AUGGCCCAAGGGAACACGCUAUGGACAGCCCUGCUGGUCUCCCUUUCUCUCAUGCUGGUUGAGGGCACCAACCCCGGCAUUGUGGGCAGGAUCACAGGCAAAGGCUUGGAUUAUGCUCGCCAGGAGGGCGUUGCAGUCUUGCAGAGGGAGCUGGCCAGGGUCAAGCUGCCCAAUUUCUCUGGGUCCUUUGAGGCCCUCGUUUUGGGCAACAUAGAGUACCGGUUCCACAGUUUGAAAAUCGAGUCGUUCCAGCUGCUGAGUUCCACAAUCGCACCCGUCCCAAGCGUGGGCCUCAAAGUCUCCGUCACCAAUGCCUUCGCCGAGGUCUCGGGGGAGUGGCAGUGGAAGAACUGGAUGGCGAGCGACCAUGGCUCAUUUGACGUGAAGAUCAAGGGUCUCUCCAUCUCCGUGGGCUUGAAGCUGGGCAACGAUUCUGCCGGGAGGCUCACUGCCGACAGCUCUGCAUGCAGCACCCACAUCUCCAAUGUCCAAGUGCACAUUGACGGCACAUGGAGCUGGUUGUACAAUCUCUUUGACAGUCAGGUCGAGUCCGCCUUAAGGGAGGCCAUGGAAGACCAGGUCUGCAAAGUGGUUUCCAGCUCCGUCAGCUCCAGACUAGAGCCCUAUCUACAGACUCUGCCAGUCACGGCAAAGAUCGACAAGGUGUCCGGGAUCGAUUACUCCCUGGUUGGUCCUCCCGUUGCCACAAGUGACUCCCUGGAUCUGGACCUGAAGGGUGAAUUCUUUUCCCUCGCUCAUCGCUCCGCUGCCCCCUUCCCACCACCCGCCUUGCCUGUCCCCGAGGAUCAUGACCGCAUGCUUUAUUUUGGCAUCUCCAGUUACCUGUUCAACACAGCCGGCUACGUCUACUACCAAGCAGGCGCCCUGACCUACGACCUCACAGACAACAUGAUUCCCAAGGAGUCUAAACUCCGGCUGAACACCUCCUCCUUUGGAUCUCUGGUUCCACAGAUUGAGAAAUUGUACCCCAGCAUGCUCAUGAAGCUCGUGGUCUCGCCUUCUUCUCCACCGUCUCUGGCCGUUGCUCCAGAAGGCCUGUCUCUUGCCCCGACGGUGGACCUCCAAGCCUUCGCCAUCCUCCCCAACUCCUCCCUGGCCCCCCUGUUUCUGCUGGAUGUGUCAACCACCAUUUCCGCCACCGCUGCUGUGGAGUCCAAUAAGAUCGUCGGGUCCCUGAAGAUUGGCAGGCUGGAGCUGUCCUUGAAGCACUCAGACGUGGGGCCGUUCUCGGUGAAAUUGAUGCAGGUCAUGGUGAACUACUUUGCCGCCAACAUCUUGCUCCCUCAAAUUAACGAACGACUGGCCCAGGGGUUCCCCCUCCCGCUCCCGGAUGACCUGCAGCUCUCCAACACCGUCCUCCAACCACAUCAGAAUUUUCUGUACUUUGGAACCGAUGUUCACUACGGUUAGUGAAGACGCCAAAGACAGCGAGAGGAGCUGCAAAGACCAAAGGAAGCCUGUCCAUCCCAUCCAUCCAUCCAUCCAUCCGUCCGUCCAUCCGUCCAUCCCUCCCUCCAUCCAUCCAUCCAUCCAUCCAUCCAUCCAUCCAUAAUCCUCCUUCUGCUGCUGCUUGGUUUUGGCCUUUGAAUGGGAGGAUUCCUCUCCCGAACUUCUUAGCUGAUGGCCUCCUGUGCCUGCCCCCUUCCCCUAGGCAGGCCGCCCCUUGUUUGGAGGGCUUCCCCCCCAGGUGCCUUCUGAAUCUCUCCCCUAGAAUUUUUUGCUCUUUGGCGCCGAUGUUCGCCACAUUUGGUGAGGAUGCCCAAGACAGCAAGAGGAGCGGCGAAGACG